AUGAUAUUAUUACAAAAUUCAAAUGCUGUGCGAACAUUUGCAGCAGCAUCAAAUACUGGUGGCGGCGUGCAAGGUGACUUUGUUUGUCAUCUACAGGACGUAGGCAUGACAAUUCCAGGCGGCAAAAAACUCUUUGAACGCAUAAGUCUGGGCUUCCUGCGAGGUGCAAAGAUUGGUGUUCUGGGUCCGAAUGGUAGUGGUAAAUCCACUCUGCUGAAGAUUAUUGCCGGCGUGCACAAGGAUUUUGACGGCGAUCGAUGGAUAAAGGAUGGACUUAAAGUGGGCUAUUUGCCGCAGGAACCGCAACUUGACCCGACAAAGAACGUGUACGAGAAUAUAAUGGACGGUCUGAAGGAAAGUCAGACACUGUUGACUAGGUUUGAUGAAGUUUCUAUGGCCCUGGGCGAACCCGACGCCGAUUUUGACGCCUUGUUGGAAGAACAGGCUAUGCUGCAAGAUCAAAUUGAGAAUUUGGGCUGCUGGGAUUUAAGUCAUGAAGUUGCUAAGGCCAUGGCUGCAUUAAGAGUUCCAGCUGCUGAUGCAAACAUUGACGAUCUAUCUGGCGGCGAGAAACGUCGCGUAGCACUAUGCAGAUUGUUGCUUGAAAAACCCGAUAUGCUGCUACUUGAUGAGCCCACAAAUCACUUGGAUGCAGAAUCAGUGCAUUGGCUGGAAAACUAUUUGAACAAAUACCGCGGUACUGUUCUCUCUAUUACGCACGACCGCUACUUUUUGGAUAAUGUAGCUGGCUGGGUGAUGGAGCUUGACCGUGGUCAGACGUACGCAUACCAAGGUAACUACACCGAGUGGUUAAAACAGCGUCGCAACCGCUUUAAUAUGCAACGAAAAAGUGAUGUAGCUCGCGCGAAACAAAUUGCGUCGGAGAUUGCAUGGUCGCGGGAUCAUCAAGGCAGUAAAAAGGCAAACAAAGCUCGUCUGAAAAGACUGCAAGAGAUGGAAACUAGCGGAUUCCGUGCGUCUUCUCGACUUGAAGAAGGACAGAUUGUUGUACCAUUGGGAGCUCGACUUGGCAAUCGAGUAAUUCAGGUGAAAAAUUUGCGCAAACAGCUAGACAAUGGCCGUCUACUAUUUGACAAGCUCUCGUUUGAGAUCCCGCCUCGUGCUAUCGUAGGAAUUAUAGGUGGCAAUGGAAUGGGUAAAAGCACACUAUUUAACAUCAUUGCUGGUACACAAGAACCUGACGAAGGUAGCGUUGAGCUUGGUCAGUCAGUCAGCCUCGGUUAUGUAAACCAGAGCCGUGACGAGAUGAGCUCUAGACGCUCUGUUUACGAGGAAAUUUCGGGCGAUAACGAGUUUGUCGAAGUUGGUGGCGAUCGCAUAAAUUCUCGAGCAUAUAUUGCCAGUUUUAAUUUACGCGGUGGUAUGCAGGAGAAAAAGGUCGGUAGUCUUAGUGGUGGCGAGCGUAAUCGUGUUCACUUGGCUAAGAUGCUUUUGGGCGGCCACAAUGUGAUUUUGCUCGAUGAACCAACAAAUGAUCUCGACGUUGAUACUUUGCGAUCACUGGAGAUUGCUUUAACAGACUUUAAUGGUGUGUCCAUGGUCAUUUCUCAUGAUCGAUGGUUUCUAGAUCGUAUUUGCUCGCACAUUAUCGCGUUCGAGGGCGAAGGUCGCGUAAUCUUUUUCGACGGUAAUUAUACUGAGUACGAAAAGGAGCGAAAGCAGAAUUUAGCAAUGUAG